AUGCAUGUGAUGGUUCAAGAUAGUUACAAAACAGUGUUACAAAAAGAAUGUAGAGUGUCGGUAUUCAAUUCAAUUACAUUUAUUCAAUUGAACGUUAACAGAUGGAACUUAAGAUAUUUACAAAAUGGGGUUCAGAUGGGGGGUAGAGUGUCGGAUUAUAACGUAUAUGGUGAAGACGAGCAACCUUUACACCGCGGCGUUAACCCCAACCCGUUCCUAAUGAAUCAAAACCAGGCCCCUCCCACCCAGUUCCCGAGACCGAAUCUUAUCUAUUACACUCACAUUCGAACACGAGUAGUGUCAGUUCGUGCGACGUAUAGUGAUCGCGAAGACCUCCCGGUGAUGGUAUCUUACUACAAUAGUAGCAACAUGUACCGCCACCAGCAAGCCGUCGCCGCACCACCGGCCAACGCGCAUUCCUGGUACGGUUACCAUCAGGGCGCCCAGAUGGGCGCCGAGCAGCAAAUGUGGGAACCUCAAAUGUGGCACCAUCACGGCCACGUCCCGACGCAUUCCGUAUUCAACAAUGGGGAGUUUUCGGAGUUCGUGCACUCGGGGAUGGUGCACAACGAAGGUCACCACAACCAGCUGAUGCCGUCGCCGACGAUCACGGUUUCCGGGAGUGAACUGUCGAGUCCGGGAGCCGGAAACGGGAGUAUUUCGCCUCAGAACCACCACCAGACCCAAGUGCCGAGGCCACCGCCGGCGAGGAGUCCCUUCGAGUGGGUGAAACGGACGAGUUAUCAGAGUCAGCCCAAUCCUGAGCUUGAAAGACGUCAAAGCUCCGAAUCUGUUCCGGUCGAUAGUCCCGAGCCCCAAGACGGAAUCGGGAAAACAAGAACGAAGGACAAAUACCGAGUAGUAUAUACGGACCUCCAAAGGAUAGAAUUAGAAAAAGAAUUCACUUUAUUUAAUCGUUACAUAACAAUCAAACGAAAAUCGGAACUAGCUACUACUUUGGGUUUAUCAGAGCGUCAAGUUAAGAUCUGGUUUCAGAACAGACGAGCGAAAGAGCGGAAACAAGCGAAGAAGCGUGUUGAAGAGAAACAGCAAAUGAACAGUCUUUACCAGCAAAACCUCUUACAGCAGCAGCAACAACAACCACAACCACCGGGUCAGGGGCAACUGAUUGUGGGUUUUCCACCCCCAGCGCCGUUUAUGAUGCAUUUACUAAACGAUAAUCCCAUAAAAACUGAAAAUAGUGAUGGUGGUGAUUUAGAUAAUGUUGCAUAAAACCAUUUAGUGAUUAUGCCACUUUCUCAAACCGUCCCAUUAAAAGUGCAAUGUUUUAUGUGCAAUUUCGUUAACGCAAUAAUUUUAAGGUGCAUGACUUUUGUUCUUGAUAGCUUUUAUUUGUAUUAGUAUAAUGUUUGUCUCAAUUGGCACAAAAUUCUUUAAGGAAAUUUUAUCUACAAGUAUAGUUAUAUUUAGAGUCUUAUUGCAUUUCACAAAAAGCACACUUAUAAAUAACUAAACUAAAGCAACAUUCUUCCCACAUCUUGCAUUAAGUUUUGAACUUUAUAAGUAAAUUUUGCUUCUACUUUAUAUUUUAGAUUACGUCCAACUAAAUUAUGAAUGCUUCUGCAAAGAUUUGAUUUGUAAGAUAUUUCGGUUCAACCAUUUUCAAAAACUGAACUGUCAGUGAAAAUCUUUUAUUUCCAAAGCUCCGUUAAAAAUUCAUAAUAAUCGCGCAUUUUAUCUGCUUUAAAUUUUGUGCCAAAAUCUUUGAGAAAUACAUACGUGGUUUUCGAUCUCACUUCGAUUUUUAGAGAAACGCUUAGGCAUUUCAUCGUUCAAUCUCAGGUUUUAAUUGCUGAUGCUAGUUUUAAAUUAGUUCAGAUUGUAAAGAUAGAUAUAUAUUAUAUUGUAUUAUAUUAAUAAAGAGUUAUUAUUUUGUAAAGUGAA